UAUUUGCGAAGCUGAUUUAUUGGCAUAAAAACCUUUAACCGAACCGUUAGUUCAUUUAAACCCUCUGCCUUCCUUUAUCCUGUCUGUACAAUUUUGUUGUCGAUGUGAAAUCGAACUGUCGUGUCUACUAUUGCAAAAGAAAUGUAGAAUCAAGUUUUUUGACAAUGUACAAACAAGUUAAUUAGGAUUUGAUUUAAAUUGUGACAGAUGAAUUAAUCGAUAAUUAGCUACAAUUGGUUCGUGCACGAUGGAGACAAACGGUAUUGAGAAAAUGACCACGAAAAAGACGAACGGUUUUCAUAAGGGACCGAUGGAGCUAUAUUUGGUGAGGAUAUCGCCUGCUUGUCGAGCCGUGUGGCUUUACAUCAUCCAGCAUGAGAUCCCCCACCUCCUGAUAGAUGUGGAUUUCUCUAAGGGACCCAAACACCUCCCCCCUGCUUUCAGGAACCAGCCCCACCAAGAAGUCCCCCUUCUUGUCGACGGUGACAUUGUUGUCUUUGAAGCACCAGCCAUUUUGAGAUACUUGGCAAUGAAAUACACAGGUUCAGCGGGGUUUGGACUGACUGUACAAAGUCAAAUGUUAUGCGAGUCAGUAAUUGCUUGGUCCUUUGGUGAACUUCUCAGAUCAGUUGGCUAUACCCACGUGUUUCCCCAAUUCUUGGAGAGCUACUCAUUUUCUCCUGAAUCCGCAAACGAAGCCGUCGUUGAAAAAGGCCUCCGUCAAGUAACAACUCAUUUGGAAAUCCUUGAAAACAAUUACCUGAUGAAAUCUAAAUAUUUAGCAGGGGACAAAAUGACCGUUGCGGACAGUUGUGUAGCCGCUGUGCUCGUGCUUUUAGAAUGGACGGGGUUCAGUUUUAAAAUGUGGCCCAAAGUGGAAGUGUGGCUUAAAAAGACCAAGCAACAGAUGUUUUGGGACGAAGUUCACACUACACAUAACGAUUUCGUGCGGGAACUUGAAAGAGCCAAUUUGGUACACCGUUGAUGAAAGGGGGCCGAGAAUAUGUCCUUGUUUAUUUUAUGCCCCUUAAGUUUGUAGGAUUUUGUAGUUUUUAUGUGAUGAGGCUGUCCAUGGGUUGUUGCAAUACAAACGUUCAAACUAUUCAAUGUAAAAAUUUUAGUUACAUGUACU